AUGACGCUGCAGAAGAACCCUUUUGAGUGGAACCCCAGAGCGAACGUGUCUGCACCAAUUGUAUCGCUCACUCUGCGGCGGGAAAACCACAGCAUCAUCCCCGUGCGCGGCCUCAAGAAGCAAAUCCAGAUCUUCAUCCCAAACCCUCUGUCCCAUCAGAUCAACUCCACCCUCCUCCAUCUGAGCAACUUCAGCUCCACCAUCCUCCACCUGCCCCCAGAUCCCAACACGCUGGUCCUGAAGAUGAUCCCGUCUGAAGAGUCUUUGGCGUUCCGGGCGUAUCUCGGGGAGGAGCCGCCCUCAGAGAGCAGCUACAUCACAACCGCAGACCUGCCCCGAGAGGGACCCAGCCUCAGUGAGAGGUACUCGUGGGUGCUGGAGCCCGAGGAUCUGGGCGGGCGCUCGGGGCGUCUCUUCCUGCUGGUUCGCCCCCUGGUGGGUCCUGGAGUCAAGUCCAUAAACUCCACUCUGAACAUCACACUCGUGUCGACCCGGUGCAACUUCUGGAACGAGAGUCUGAAGGACUGGAGCACGGACGGCUGCAGGGUGGGCGCGGGCACCACGCUGGCACAGACCCAGUGUCUCUGUGAUCACCUGACCUUCUUCGGCGGCUCGUUCUUCGUGGUUCCGAACCUGGUGGACCCGUCUCGCUCGGCAGAACUGUUCGGGACCUUCACCCAGAACCCGGUGGUGGUCUGCCUGGUGGGGGCGCUCUUCCUCCUCUACGCCCUCCUGCUCCUGUGGGCACGACGCCAGGACCGACGCGACUCACGCAAGGUGAAGGUGACGGUUUUGGCCGAUAAUGACCCGUCUGAUAAAUAUCAGUAUUUACUGACCGUGAGCACCGGGCACCGAAGAGGAGCCGCCACCUCUGCACAGGUCACUGUGGUCCUGGUGGGGUCCGUCUCGUCCAGCGCUCCUCACCACCUCACCGACUCCAAAAAGCCCGUGUUCGAGCGCGGAGCCGUGGACAUGUUCCUCCUGAAGGCCCCGGGGAACCUGGGCGAGAUCCAGGCCGUGAGGCUGUGGCACAACAACGCAGGAGACCACCCCAGCUGGUUCGUGAGCUCGGUGCUGGUCCAGGAUCUUCAGACCGGGUCAAAGUUCCAUGUUCUGUGUAACUCCUGGAUCGGACUCGACAUCGGAGACGGAACUUUAGACCAACUGUUCCCUGUGUCCACAGACGAGGAACUCAAGACCUUCAGUAACCUGUUCUUCAUGAAGACCACGCGGGACCUGAGUGACGGGCACCUGUGGCUCUCAGUGGUCACCAGGCCUCCGAGCUCGACCUUCUCCAGGGUCCAGAGGCUCUCGUGCUGCUUCAGCCUGCUCCUCUGCACCAUGCUCACCUCCAUCAUGUUCUACGGAAUCCCCACAGACCCCGCCGAGCAAGUCAUGGACCUGGGUCACUUCGAGUUCACGUGGCAGCAGUUUAAAGUCGGGAUCCAGUCGUCCCUCAUCAUGUUCCCCGUCAACAUCCUCAUCGUCAGCCUCUUCAGGUUCUCCAGACCCAGGAAAGUGACUAAACUGGUCCAGUCUCUCUCAAAGUCCAUGGAGGAGUCCAAGUCCAGGAUCAUAACCAGACUUCAGAAGGAGCUGCGUUCAGUUUUGAUGGAUCUGGAGGAGUACGUGUCCCAUCGAGACCUGAGGGCCACUCCCCGUCAGGACUCAGAGGGUAAAGGUUCGGACAGGAGCAGGUCCGAGGAGGAGCUGUACUUGGAGCUGUCCCACCUGGAGAAACAUCUCAGCUCCAUGGACCAAGAGGAGCUACAGAGACCAGACCAGACCAGACUCUCCUGGACCAGACUCUCCUGGACCAGACUCUCCUGGACCAGAGGACAGUCCCUCUUCAGCUUCAGCCAGAGUCUUGAGAAGGUCCAAGUCCUGAAGGAGAGACUGAGAGACACAGAGGAGGACUACAGCCUGCCGGCGCCCGCCCCUCGCCGCGCUCUGCCCUGGUGGUGCGUGUACGUGGCGUGGCUGCUCGUCGCCGCCUCCUCUGGCGUGUCCGGGUACUUCACCAUGCUCUACGGACUCAAGUUUGGAAAAGAAAAGUCCAUCAGCUGGAUCGUGUCCAUGGGCGUGUCCUUCUGCCAGAGCCUGCUCCUCAUCCAGCCCCUCAAGGUGGUGGGUCUGGCCGUGUUCUUCGCUCUGGUGGUGAAGAAGGUGGAGGAGGAGGAGCUGGAGAACGUUCAGAUCCACAAAGACUCAAACCUGGGACUCGGGGGCAGAGACCUGAGUUUGUAUCUUCCUCCUCCUGCGGCCGACAUCGAGAGGAUGAGGAGGAACCGAGAGAAGGAGACGAAGGCCUACGCCCUGCUCACCGAGAUACUCGUGUACGUGGGCUUCAUGUGGAUGCUGUUGCUCGUCGCUUACGCUCAGCGAGAUCCGAACUCGUUCCUCUUAAACCAGCACCUGCUCAGGUCCUUCAGACCCGACCAAGACCAGAGCCUGAGUCUGGACCAGGUCUACAGGUUCAUCACAGACGGAAACUCACUCCUGGUGGGCGUGGCUCGGCUCCGUCAGCUGCGUGUACGUGGCUCCUCCCCCUUCUGCGAGGCCACUCCCUCCCUGGACCUGCACAGAGACUGUCCCCCGGUUUAUUCCUGGAGCACAGAGGACACGGGCUCCUACGGGCCCCGCUGGAACAGCACCGCCCCCGGCAACAGCACCGCCCCCGGCCCCUGGACGUACCAGAGCGCUGAGGAGCUGAGGGCCGCGCCGUUCUGGGGCCGAAACCUCCUGUACAGAGGAGGAGGCUACGUGACCGAACUCGGACCAGACCUGCAGCACGCCUCCAGUACUUUGCAGUACUUGUACUCGUCCCGGUGGCUGGACUCGUUCACCAGAGCAGUAUUCGUGGAGUUCACCGUGUACAACGCCAACGUAAACCUGUUCUGUGUGGUGACGCUGCUGCUGGAGGCCGCCGACGCCGUGGGAGCGUUCGAGUUCCGCUGGCAGCUGCGGCCCGUGCGUCUCUACCCGUCCACCGGGGGGCUCCACGUGUUCGUGAUGGCAGCAGAGAUCAUCUACAUGCUCUUUGUGCUCUACUACAUGUACAAACAGGUGCAGAGGUUGAGGGUUCAACGCUGGGUUUACCUCAGGAACCGCUGGAACCUGCUGGAGCUGAGCAUCAUCGCCCUCUCCUGGACCGGAGCAGGACUGUACCUGCAGAGAACCUUGAGCGCACACAAGGACAUCGAGUACUACCAGCAGCACAGAGACAAGUUCCCCAGUUUCUGCUCCUCGGCCUCCUCAGAUGUUCUCCUUCAGUACCUGUUGGCCUUCGUGGUUCUUCUGUCCACGGUGAAGCUCUGGCAUCUCCUCAGACUCAACCCCAACAUGGAGCUGAUCUCCUCCACCCUGAGCCGCGCCUCCGGGGACAUAACCGGCUUCCUCCUGGUCAUCGGGCUCAUGAUGGUCGCCUACGCCACCACCUGUAACGUUCUUUACGGUUGGACGAUGUCGUCGUACAAAACGUUCCCGGACGCUCUGCUCACGAUCAUCCAACUGCAGCUGGGGAUCUUCAACUACAGCGAGGUGAUGGACUACAGUCCGGUUCUUGGAGCUCUUCUGGUCGGUUCUUGCAUCGUCUUCAUGGGGUUUGUGGCCCUGAACCUCCUGAUCUCUGUGAUCCUGGUGGCCUUCCAACAGGAGCAGGUCCAGCACCAGCCGUCGGAGGAGGAGGAGGUGGUGCAGAUCAUGCUGAAGAAGGUCUUGGGUCUGUUCGGCGUCAGUUACACGGUGCCCCCCUCAGACCAGGACGAGAAGUUCGCCCGCGCCGAGGAUUCUGGGAAAAACGCCGAGGCAGCUGCGACCACGGCGACCAAAGCCUGA